GGAACCCCUUCUGGGUGAAGGUGACGGGCGAGGGUCGGGUCGAGUGCUGGAUGGGGCAGAGGGGGAGCCCCUUCUCGGUGAAGGUGACGGGCGAGGGUCGGGUCCGCGAGAGCAUCACGCGGCGCCGCAGAGCCCCCCCCGAGGCCACCGUGGGCUCCCCCUGCGACCUCAGCCUCAAAAUGCCUGAGCUGAGCGUGUCGGAGGUGUCGGCGCAGGUCUCGGGGCCCUCGGGGCAGGCGGUGCCGGCCCAGGUGGUGCCCGGGGACACCCCGGGGGCCUUCGGGGUUCGCUUCGUGCCCCAGGAGACGGGACCCCACUCGGUGAGCGUCAAGGACCGCGGGCAGCACGUGCCAGGGAGCCCCUUCCAGUUCACCGUGGGACCCCUGGGCGAGGGCGGCGCUCACAAGGUCCGCGCCGGGGGACCGGGGCUGGAGCGUGCUGAGGCUGGAGUGCCAGCCGAGUUCAGCAUCUGGACGCGCGAGGCGGGGGCCGGGGGUCUCUCCAUCGCCGUGGAGGGGCCCAGCAAGGCCGAGAUCGCCUUCGAGGAUCGCAAGGACGGGUCCUGCGGGGUCUCCUACGUCGUGCAGGAACCCGGGGACUACGAGGUGUCGGUGAAGUUCAACGACGAGCACAUCCCCGAGAGCCCGUUCGUGGUGACGGCCACGACCCCCUGCGACGCCGCCCGGCGCCUCACUGUCUGUAGCCUUCAGGAGUCGGGGCUCAAGGUUCACCAGCCGGCGUCGUUCGCCGUCAGCCUCAACGGGGCCAAGGGAGCCCUGGACGCCAAAGUGCACAGUCCCUCGGGAGCUGUGGAGGAGUGUCACAUCUCCGAGGUCACUGAAGACAAGUACGCCGUGCGCUUCAUCCCGCGGGAGAACGGCGUCUACUCCAUCGACGUCAAGUUCGAGGGGUCCCACAUUCCCGGGAGCCCCUUCAAGGUCCGAGUGGGGGAACCGGGACAGGCCGGAGACCCCGGGCUCGUGUCGGCCUACGGGCCCGGCCUCGAGGGGGGCACCACAGGCUCUCCCGCGGAGUUCGUGGUGAACACGUCCAAGGCGGGCCCGGGCGCUCUGGCCGUGACCAUCGAGGGCCCCUCCAAGGUGACCAUGGAGUGCCACGAGUGCCCCGAGGGCUUCCGGGUCACCUACACGCCCAUGGCCCCCGGCAGUUACCUCAUCGCCAUCAAAUUCGGGGGGCCCCACCACAUCGUGGGCAGCCCCUUCAAGGCCAAGAUCACUGGGCCCCGCCUGGUGAGCAGCCACAGCCUCCGCGAGAGCUCCUCGGUGCUCGUGGACUCGGGGGGGGUUCGUGCCGAGCCCGGGGGGGCCACGACCACCCCCAGCACCGGGGGAGCCCCCCUGGGGGGGCCCCCCAAGUUCUGCGACGCCUCCAAGGUGGUGGCCAAAGGGCUGGGGCUCAGCAAGGGCUUCGUGGGCCAGAAGAACUCCUUCACCGUCGACUGCAGCAAGGCCGGGACCAACAUGCUGCUGGUGGGGGUGCAGGGCCCCCGCAACCCCUGCGAGGAGAUCGUGGUGAAGCACUUGGGCAACCAACUCUACAACGUGGGCUACCUGCUGCGGGAGCGCGGCGAGUACCUGCUCGUCGUCAAGUGGGGCGACCAGCACGUCCCCAACAGCCCCUUCCGCGUCACCGUGCCCUGAGGGGGACCCCAAAACCCUCGGGGGGGGGGGGGAACCCCAAAAAUCUCCCUCGGUCACUUUUUCUCCUCCCCCCCCCCCCCCUUGCCCGGGGCCGGCGGAACCGACGGCGCCGGGACCCCCGAUUUUGAGGACAACUCCCUGGGUUUGGGGUCACCCUGCAAAGUUUGGGGACACCCCCUGAAAUCUGGGGACACUCCCCGUGUUUAGGGACACCCCAAAACCCUCGGGGAGACCCCAAAAAUCUUUC